CGAAAAGACGAACUUCUGUUCAUCGGACCUCGAUCUUGUAAGGUUAGACCAGCAACACCGAGGAUAGACACAAACAGAAAUGGAGUCCCAAUGACAGCGCCGACCACUGCGCAAGCCAUUCUCCUCCAUCUUGCACGAGUAUUGAGACAAUGAGCUCUUCUGUGGAACCACGACAAAUAGACCUGGGACAGCUCUCGCGGAUCUGAGCGCGCACGUCCCCGUACGAAUCCGAGAAGCGCCCUCCCUCGUCCUGAAAACAUCCACCCUAGCCUCCUCUCCUAAAAUGGCGCCGAACAUCCCAGGAACGAUGCGCCGGGCAGGCCCCCGCCUUCUCGCGACGCGCGCACCCCUCUGGCGUAUACCAACCCCGCCGCCAUCCGCACUCCCACUCUGCGCCUCAUCCCCAGCGCAGCCGCCGAACUCCUUCCUCCCACAGCUCGACCACAUCCGGAGGGCGAUAACAACCACCACGCCGCGCCGCUCGCUGGGCCCGGCCUCAUGGCUCCUCUCCGCGCUCCCCAACUUCUCGCCGAACCCGUCGCCCCCACAACCACAGCCCCCGCCGCCCAAAACCCUCCGCGCCCGGCGCCUGCUCCCAUACCCGCCCGCCCAGAUCUACACGCUCAUCGCCGACAUCGAUUCGUACGCAGACUUCCUCCCGCACUGCACACACUCGCGCGUAACCCGGUGGACAACCACCAGCAGCAGCAGCAGCGCCAGCAAACCAUCACCACCACCAGAGACACCAGCGGGACAACGAGCCGUCGUUGGGGAGCGAUACCCGGCUCUGGCAGACCUAACCGUAGGCUGGGGCCCCUUUACUCAGACGUACACGUCCCGGGUGUACUGCGUUCCGGGGGAAGUGGUGGAGGCCGUGUCGGGCCGAGCCGAGACCAGUAUCUCGCCCGAGGUUCUCCGGCGCGUCGGGUACGAGACCAUACUACAGGAGGAUGGACGCGAGAAGUUGGAGGGCGGGAUAUUUGAGAGUCUGAUCACACGGUGGGCGGUCAAGCCUGCUACGGGACCUGGGGGAGGCAAAGAGGGAAGGGAGGAGUGGACGGAGGUUAUGCUCAGCGUGACCUUUCAGUUUGCGAACCCUGCGCUGGGGUUUGCCGUGGGCCAGUUGGCUGAUGAUAAGGUGGAUGAGAUGGUGGAGGCGUUUGAAGGGAGGGCAAGGAAGCUUUAUGGGAGGUGACACAUCGGGGCAGAAGCUUACGAUGUGACAUGGCAAGGGGUCGCGGUCAUGGAGGUGCGCGUGCCACCAGCGCCAUUACAUGUGCGCUGUACACUACGUGUAUGUAUGUGUAUGUAUAC